AUGCAGACCGAAACCGCCGCCAUUGGAAAUUCUGCAUGGAGUCCGAUUGAGAGAAGGAGAGCCCACAUCCUUCGGGAGCUGAGAGGGAUUCAAGUUCUCUAUGUUGGCAUGGGGAAUCUUUUCCUACUCAUCAUCUUCACCGCGACCAUGUCUGGAUACAUGACCAGGCCCAUUGCGCCAGAAGACUGGACUCCCGUCACACGUCUCACGGUCGAUGAGUGGAAUGCCGACAUUAGACAUUCGAUAUUGCGACUUCCCAUAUCGUGGAUUAUUCCGAUUUUCACAAAUCUUUAUCAUUUCUAUUUUUCUUUUCGCACCAGUCAUCGAUACAGUAGGACGUUAGCUGCCUUCAUCGCAAUAGCUGUGGAUGUUUUGGCAUGUCUCGCUCGUUUUCCGAUAUGGGGGCCUAGGGCGGCGGCCAACAUUGAGGGUACUAAGAAGAAUGACCUUUUACUGUACAUUCUCUUCAUCACGACCAUCGUUUUUGUCAUUGUAGACGUUCUCUGGAAGUUAGGCCUAAUUGCGGUGCUGAGAAUGCUACCCACUUCUUGGAGAAUUCCAAGCCGAUAUGAGCCGACGACGCUCGAUCGCUCCUUGAAAUUUCCAGACAUAUCAUACGAGCUCGCCCGGCUGAGUUCUUUGUCUCAAUCGAAAAAUCCUGCCAAGAAAGCAUCGGGAUUUCAGAAAGGACGGGUAAAACAGACAGAGAGAGUUAGAAGGAGGAGAAGGCAACUUCCUGUCCUUGAGAUCACACAAGAAGGACCGCAGCUUCACCCACGGAUUCGUCAUUGGUAUCAUGCCCCUGAUUCCUACGAUACCUUCACGAUAGCAUACACUGCGUUUGCAGUACUUGUGAUUGUUUGUGAGAUAGUUUUCCGAGUCUGCUAUCCUUGCAGCCAGCCCAGGUACAGGUAA